ACUUAAUCCAACAAGACAUCCAAUCAGAUCAUCAACUCAUGAAAACCAUCAAUCCAACUCAAUCAAUCUAUCACUUGAACUAAUCUUCAAUCAACCAACCAAUCAAUCAAUCAAUCCAUCGAUUCAUCAAUCUAUCAAAUCAAGAUCUUCAAUCUCAUUCAAAGACAAUUCAUCAUUCAUCUGUUAUCUGUUCAUCAUCACUAUCUUCUCAAAUCAUAUCUUCUACUUCACUCAUGCUUAUAUUCCGGCUACUCCAAAUAACGAAUCAAUCUCUCAAAAUAUCAAUCCUAACAUCACUGAUACAAAUUGGUUUAUUCAAUUGAAUUGGCAUCCCAUUGGAAUCUUUUCAGAUGGUGUAAAUAGAUUACUUCAAGCUAACAAUACACCUUCUUCUUCUUUACAUCAAGGUGUUUUACUUCAUUUCUCUGAAGUUAAUGCUACUGCUCAACCUCCGGCCAAUGUCCCUUGGAUUGCCAUGAUCAACUGCGAUACCAAUACUUCAACAUUUUCAAUGGUCGAUGAUAUCUUCACUCUGGCUCGUGAUCGUGGAGCAGCAGCUGCUGUACUUUACUCUCUGACUGCAAGAUCUUGUAGUGUGAAUUCAGAAUAUCUUCUUAAUUUCGAAAAACCAUUGGAUGUCUUUAGUUCAGCAAACUUACAGGGUGCUCGUUUGAUUGAAUCUCAAUUCAGUAAUGUCGUCGGAUCUGGAUAUUGGUUUCAGUCUGAUCUACUCAAUUCUUCUGCUUCUACUAUUCUUAAUGAAAUCAAUCAAACCGGUUAUGCAGCUGCAAUGGCACCUGCUUCAACUUUAUCAGUCGCUGCACCUGAAUCUACACCUGAUGCAGCUCCAAGUUUAUUUGGAGAAUCGUCUAAUAACACUCGUUUUCGUCGGUCACUUCCUCAUGCCAAUGCAUUCGAAUUGGCGGUCACUAACUCUAACUCGGUGGGAGCUCAGAAAUCGAAUCCUUCGAAAUCUAACAAUUCUACUCCUGUCUAUCUCAUCGCUACUCUUGCCAAUGGGAACGCUAUCUCUAAUUCUCAACAACAGAGUAAUAUUAAUUCGAACAAUAACAAUAAUAACAACAACGGAGGUGGUAGUUCUAACACUGGACUUGCUAUGAUCAUCUUAUAUGCCAUUACUGGAUGCGUGACUCUCAUGUUUCUGAUCGUAAUCAUCUCAGGAGCGAUCCGGGCCAUGCGUCAUCCUGAACGAUACGGUCCACGUACUGGAGGUCAUCCUUCUGAUUCUGAUGAAACGGAUGGCGAAGAUGCUAAUUUGGGUCAUCAGACACGUGUUGCUGGAUUAACAAGAGCCAUCCUGGAUACCUUUCCGGUGGUCAAGUUUGGUCGUUCAAUCUUACCUAUGGGAUCCGAAAGAGUUACCGAAAAGAAAGAUUCAGUGAUUGGACCGGUUGAUGAAGAAUCAUUUAUGAUGCAAGAUUGUGGUCAAACAUGUAUUGAGUCACCUAAUCAAAGUUUGAAUAAACAUCCUGUGAAGAUUGAAAGUACGAGGAGUGAAACGGGUGAUGAUUCGGUCGUCUUGGAAUCUUUGGCUUUGUCUAAUUUAUUAUCUACUCAGCUUGAAGAUCAAGUUAAAGGUAAUCAUUCCGAUACCACCAUUAUCUCUCCCUCCAAUGAUGAUCAUCAACCUUCGAAAAUCGUACCCGUCAAUGCCAUCCUUACGUCACCCAAAAGUAACGAGAGUUCAUCAUUGUUACCAGACAAAAAGGAGUCUGACGGAAAUGACCCUCAUCCAAUAGACGGGGCCAUGGAAUCAUCUUCUACUAAGGCGGAGAAGGGAGCUGACCAUUUGCCUGCUGAAACAGUCACAGAGGUGUCAGAGAUGGUCGGGGAUGUGAAUAACUCGGUCACAUGUCCCAUUUGCGUUUGUGACUUUGAUGAUGAUGACGAUAUUCGUGUCUUGCCUUGUGAUGCAAGGCACAGAUUUCAUCAAGAAUGUGUGGAUCCUUGGCUAUUAAAUGUUUCACGGUUUUGUCCGUUAUGUCGAUGGGAUUUAUCAACACGAAAAGAUGGAACGAAGAUUGCAGGAGAAGAAUCGAGUGAAAGGACGACUGAGGGGUCUAGUGAAAAUACGAAUCCCAAUAAUGGAAGUUCACAACUCGAAGGUCUUGGAAAUCUUGAAGACCGAAGAUCUACUUCUUCUACUACUGAUCGACCUACCGAAGCUCAAAUUGUGGCCAACUUACGUGCGAUGUUACAAACCUCGAGACAACAAAACCAAAGUAGUAGUUCUAAUCAAAGUAGAAGUGGAUUGAAUAAUGGAGGGGUUUCGGGUCCUAGAGAAUCAGAAACGGAGAAUAAGAGUCGGUUUAGGAAAUAUCUUGGUCAGGUUAGAGAAAAGACUAGGGUCAGGAGACGUCAGGAUUCAUGAAGUUGCGAGAAAAAAAAAUUAUAUAUAUAACUUGUGAUUAGUUAAAUUAUCAGAAAGACUUCGAGGGCUUCACACACACUCACAAACACACAUACAUACCAAAACAUUUUUACAAGACAAUUGGUUUUAAUCUUAUUUAUUUAUCAUACUUGUGUGUAGAAUAUUUAGAUGAUCUUGAUGCUUCAAGACUUAGUCAAACCUGAAUUCUGGACUUGUUAUUUUUGAAACCUUUGUGUGUUUUUCCCAAAAAAGUUUACGUCUUAUAAUCUUAUUUUUUAACUAUAUGAAGUGAUUCCAUUUAUAAUACUUGUGUGUGUUGUGUGUCUGUGUGUGUAGAAUCUUUAUAUAUGAUCUUGAUUCUUUAAGAAUUGGUUUAAAACUAACCUGAAUCCCUGGACUUGUUUUUUUUCUUAUAAAACUCUUAUCGUAUUACAAACUUAUUUUAAUUUUGAAGUUUCUUCUUCUUCUUUGGAUCAGUCUCAUACCAAGAAGAAGAAUGUAUGUACAACUGAUGUUAUCUUUUUAUUCUUUUUGAUGAUUUUCUUAUUAUUACUACUAUUUUAUUAGAUCAACUUAUAUGAAACUCUGAUACAAUAAUACUUAUACAAUUAUGUAUAUAUAUAUAUAAGAUUAAUGGUUUGUAAGAUUUUUUUAACUUGGUAUAUUUUUCUUUGGCGUGAUUAUUUAUUGGUGGGACUCAGAGUAUGGUUGAUGGAUUAUGGUUUAAUGGGAUCACAAAAAAAUGGACGGAAGAUUUGAUUGGUUGUAGGAAAAAGAUGAAGACAAAGGUGGGAUACGGAUACUAAAAGAAAGGAGUCUAGAUCAAAAUGAAUAUUUAAUGAAUAACUUUGAGAACUUGAAAGAUGAGAUGUUUGUUUUUUUCUUUUGGUUUAUUUAUACGUCACGGUCUUUUGUAUAGAUGUCUUUUUGAUCUGGGGUUUGGAUUAUAUGAUCAUUGAGAUUUUACUU